AUUGUUCUAACUAUUUGUACCGUUGUAGUAACUUUGUUCUGAUUAACUUUUCAGAACAAACAUCCACAGCAAUUGUCACAUCUUUACAAUCAACAGUAGCAGAGAGUUCCACCAUUGCUCCUUCUCAGUUGAUUACAUCCACCAAGUUGCCACUAUUUACAUCAUCUGUCCAUGACUUUUCAACAUUGCCUCAAGCUGUGGCUUCAUUAUCGUCUACCUUUCCUACCCCAACACCACCUGCAGUUUCUCCUCCAUCAUCCUCACCUUGAGCUUUGGGUCAGAAGUCGUCAGCCCAAGCAACAUCAACAGAAAAAGGACUAGUUAUGUCUUCGCGUGUAAUAGAAUCAAGACCACAACCAACUCCAGCAACAACUAGCCUCAAAACAUCACAAAACCCUUUGCAGUCCAACCAGCUGUCUAGUCAUAAAGUUUCUCUAUCUUCUGUUUCGACACCAUUUCUCCCACAAACAACUCCAGCGAUAACUAGCCUCAAAACAUCACAAACCCCUCUCCAGUCCAGCCAACUGUCAAUCUGUACAUCUGUUAUGUAUACUAGUUGUCAAACAGACAGCACCAGUUCAAUAUUUGUUGCUGCUACAAACAGCACAAGCAAUUUAUUGUGUAAUUGUGAGUCAUCGAAUGGAUGGAAAAUAGCAGCUGCAUUGGGUUGGACGUUGUCUGCAAUACUGCUAUGUGUUUGCAUUACCCUCGUGUGGUUUCAUUAUUGCAAGAACAAACAUAAGGCUGCCAUCCCACAGCUCAAUCGUACAUCUAGAGAGAAAUUUGAAACUGUGGUGACCCGCAACCCAGUCUACAGUGCUGUAGCAAUGUGGCAAGACAGAUCAAUGGAAACAACUGAAGAUUAUGAAGUUGUUGAGCCAUGCUAAAAUAUUUUAGUUGUAUGAAAUUGCACAAACAGGGUAAAAGCAAACAAUGUUGUCCAUGACUCAACAAUAAAGUUACACAUGAGAAUACAAAUAGAUCAUAUAUCUUCCAUGUCUGCUUUGACUAAGUGCGUAAUUGCUAGCUGGUGCAGUUCUUCACC